AUGCAGCAACGCAAGGCCAAGGUCGUCUGGGGCGGCGUCGAGAGCGCGGCGGCGCAGGAGAUCCCGGCAAUGGCGAUGGCACGCAACGGCAGCUGGCCUGAGGCCGAAGGCGCUCCAGAGCACUCACCAGUGCCGCGGAAGAAGAGGCUGGCCCUGGACGAGAAGCGCUGGAACACGGUGGUCAACGUCAUGCUUAUCGCCUUCGUCAUGGCCGUGCCGCCGGUCAUCGUUGUCUACGCUUGGGGCGGCAUCGCGCCAACGGUCUGGAUCGCGGCCGCCAAGGCCCAGCUGCGGCGAGGUUCCGGCGAUGGCUCCUUCCCGUACGCAAGAAGUCCACCUGACAAACUUCUCGGUGGCCUCCUGCCUGAUGGACUCGACGAGAGAUCAUGCCGCAGCAGGUACGAGUCUUCCAUGUACAACCGGAAACCGGCACGGCGACCUUCUCCGCACCUCAUAGCAAAGCUGCGGAGACACGAAGAGCUGCAGAGACGGUGCGGGCCGAACACCGACGCGUACAGCCGCGCCGUCCAGCAGCUGAGGGCCGGCAAGAGCGUCGACUCGCCCGAGUGCAAGUACGUGGUCUCCAUCUCGCACCGCGGCCUCGGCAACCGCAUCCUGGCCGCCGCGUCGGCGUUCCUCUACGCGGUGCUCACGGACCGCGCCCUCCUCGUGGACCCGAGCAACGAGAUGGACGAGCUCUUCUGCGAGCCGUUCCCCGGCACGACGUGGCUGCUCCCGCGGCGGGACUUUCCCCUGGCGAGCUACACCAACUUCAGCAUCGACACCGCCGAGAGCUACGGCAACAUGCUGAAGAACAAGGUGCUCAGCGCCGACGUGCCGACGACGGCGACGCAGCUGCCGGCGUUCGUAUACCUCCACCUCGACCACGACUACGGCGACGAGGACAAGAUGUUCUUCUGCGACGACGACCAGCGGCUGCUGUCGAACGUGCAGUGGCUGGUCAUGAGGACCGACAUGUACACCGUGACGGGGCUGUUCCUGGUCACGGCGUUCCAGGAGGAGCUCGACAUGCUGUUCCCGGAGCGCGACGCCGUGUUCCACCACCUGGCGCGGUACCUGUUCCACCCACCCAACCACGUCUGGGGCCUCGUCACGCGGUACUACCGCGCGUACCUCGCGCGGGCGGAGCUCCGGCUCGGCGUCCAGCUGCGCCACUUCGAUUCCUGGGCGCAGCAGUCGCCGAUCGUCCUCCGGCAGAUCACGUCAUGCCUGUGGAGGGAGAAGCUGCUCCCGGAGGUUCUUGACACGGAAGAGCACUCCAUGCCGAUGCCGGGCGGCGGCGCCAGAACCACAGCCGUUCUGGUCACCUCUCUCCAGUCGUGGUACUACGAGCGUAUCAAGGGAAUGUACUGGGAUCACGCGACGGCGACCGGCGAGGACGUGAGCGUGCACCAGCCGAGCCACGAGGGGAACCAGGAGUACGGCAAGAAGUCCCACGACGAAAGGGCCUGGGCGGAGAUGUACCUGCUGAGCCUGUGCGACGUGCUGGUGACCAGCGGCUGGUCCACGUUCGGGUACGUGGCGCAGGGGCUCGGAGGCAUGACGCCGUGGGUGUUGCACAAGCCCACGAACGUCACGUCGCCGCCGGACCCGCCGUGCUUCUGGGACAUGUCCAUGGAACCGUGCUUCCACGCGCCGCACGCCUACGACUGCAAGCUGAAGCGUGGAGCCGAUACAGGGAAAAUGGUGCCCCACGUCAGGAACUGCGAGGAUGUGAGCUGGGGACUGAAACUUGUCGAUACAAAGUUGUACAAGGCUUGA